AUGUUUGCUUGUUGUUGGACAGUGCGUGGGGACACGGCUAAGUUCUUAAGUAAAUCAAUCUAUCUAUCUAUCUAUCUAUCUAUCUAUCUAUCUAUCUAUCUAUCUAUCUAUCUAUGUUCAUUAUCUAUCUAUCUAUCUAUCUAUCUAUCUAUGUUCACUACUUAUCUAUGUAUGUUCAUUAUCUAUCUAUGUUCAUUAUCUGUGUAUCAUACACAACAAUAUCCAUGUAUCUUUCUUCACUAUCUAUCUAUCUCUAUCCACUACUUAUCUAUCUAUCUAUCUAUCUAUCUAUCUAUCUAUCUAUCUAUCUAUCUAUGUUCAUUAUCUAUCUAUCUAUCUAUCUAUCUAUAUUCACUACUUAUCUAUCUAUCUAUCUAUCUAUCUAUCUAUCUAUCUAUCUAUCUAUCUAUCUAUCUAUGUUCAUUAUCUAUUUAUCUAUUUAAGUUCAUUAUCUAUCUAUCUAUCUAUCUAUCUAUCUAUCUAUCUAUCUAUCUAUCUAUGUUCACUACUUAUCUAUCUAUGUAUAUUCAUUAUCUAUCUAUCUAUGUUCAUUAUCUGUCUGUAUGUCUAUCUAUAUAUCUAUUUAUCUUUCAUCACUAUCUAUCUAUCUAUCUAUCUAUCUAUCUAUCUAUCUAUCUAUCUAUCUCUGUUCACUACUUAUCUAUCUACCUAUGUUCAUUAUCUAUCUAUCUAUAUAUCUAUCUAUGUUCUUUAUCUAUCUAUCUAUUUUUCUUCUUUUUUUUGUUUCAUUCUGUCCAUUGCUAUCAAAGAAAAAAAAAUAAUAAUACCAUAUUUGUUCAAAAUGUAUCUUUUUAG